AGGGGAGAGAGAGGGAGAGAGAAAAGAGGGGGAGCACAUGUGUAUGCUUGUCACUAAGGGGCUGGGAGAAGGACUAAGGGAAGCGAGGUAGCUGGCCACAGCCGCCAUAUGCUGACUGGAUUCCUGUUCAUGUCUGCUGUGUGAAGACUGUAGGUUUCUGUUGUGUGCUGGCCGGCCGGGGAACGCACCAUGGGAAGCUCACAUCUCCUCAACAAAGGCAUGCCUCUAGGCAUCAGGCCACCCAUUAUGAACGGGCCCAUGCACCCGCGCCCUCUGGUAGCGCUGCUGGACGGGCGCGACUGCACUGUGGAGAUGCCCAUCCUGAAAGACGUAGCAACCGUGGCGUUCUGUGAUGCUCAGUCCACACAGGAGAUCCACGAAAAGGUGCUGAACGAAGCUGUAGGAGCUCUGAUGUACCACACCAUCACUCUGAUGAGAGAAGACCUGGAAAAGUUUAAAGCCCUGCGCAUCAUCGUCCGCAUCGGCAGCGGCUAUGACAACAUCGACAUCAAAUCUGCUGGGGAGCUGGGCAUAGCUGUGUGUAAUAUGCCAGCAGCCUCAGUGGAGGAGACGGCGGACUCCACGCUGUGUCACAUCCUCACCUUGUACCGACGCACCACCUGGCUGCACCAGGCGCUGCGUGAGGGAACGCGGGUUCAGAGCGUGGAGCAGAUCCGUGAGGUGGCGUCAGGAGCCGCGAGGAUCAGAGGAGAGACACUGGGACUUAUAGGACUUGGUCGAGUGGGUCAGGCUGUCGCUCUGCGAGCCAAGGCCUUCGGCUUCAAUGUGAUCUUCUAUGACCCGUAUUUGGCUGACGGCGUAGAAAGAUCCCUGGGACUACAGAGGGUCACCACACUACAGGACCUGCUCUUCCACUCCGACUGUGUCUCUCUGCACUGCAGCCUCAACGAACACAACCACCACCUGAUCAACGACUUCACCAUCAAACAGAUGCGUCAGGGGGCGUUCCUGGUGAACACGGCCAGGGGGGGUCUGGUGGAUGAGAAGGCCCUGGCUCAGGCCCUGAAGGAGGGGAGGAUACGUGGAGCUGCUCUGGAUGUUCAUGAGACAGAGCCUUUCAGUUUCAGUCAGGGCCCGCUGAAGGACGCUCCCAAUCUGAUCUGCACCCCACACGCUGCCUGGUACAGCGAACAGGCUUCGCUGGAGAUGAGAGAGGAGGCAGCUCGGGAGAUCCGAAGGGCUAUUACAGGUCGUAUCCCGGAUAGUCUGAAGAACUGUGUGAAUAAGGAGUUCCUCUCCCAGAACAACCACUGGGCAGGAGUUGACCCAGCUACCGUCCACCCCGAGCUCAACGGGGCGUAUAGGUAUCCCCCAGGAGUGGUUAGCUUGCCAGCUGGCGGCCUCCCGCCACCCGUCGAGGGCAUCGUGCCCAGUGCUGUGCCCAUCACACACACCCUCCCGCCUGCUGUCACACACCCUCCUCAUGCCCCGUCCCCUGGACAAAACACAGUCAAGCCACCAGAGGGCGACAGAGAGCAGCAUCCGAAUGACCAACUGUAGCCACGUACACACACUCUCUCCUGUGUUGUUUGGUGAUCGGAGGAGGUUGAAGGAAAGGAGGAGUUCCCCAGUGACGAGUCGUUAUCAGAGAGGUUCAGAGUGUCAGAUGGACAGAUUGAGGUCCCAAUAACAAUCGAUUCACAACUCUCUGGCCAAUUGGUUCCCAACAGCCAGUUCACACUCCAAAGAAGAAGAGGAUGAUGAAGAGGAGUGGAUAGCUGCCAGAUGCUCUAAACAAAGAGUAAGACAGUUGUCUUCUGCUCCAACCACAAGUCCUGAGAAAGACUGCAAAGAUCUACAAAUGAUCUUCACCUAACAACUACAGUUUAGUCGAGUUCCUGCCAGAAGUUAAAAAUUAAUAACUAUGUUGAUCUGGGAAGAAAAAAUACUCAAUCAAAUUCUGCUGUCUUAGACUGUAGUGUGUCCAAAGUUAGCGGAGCGGGUUUCAUGUCUAUCUCUCUUUUUCUGUGUCCUUUCCUUAGUUUGAUGUACAAGCAAAAGUAGUAGGUUAUGAAAUGAAUGUAACCUGUCUGUGUACAGUUUUUAGAUUUACAGCAAAAAGAUAUUUGUAUUCCAGUCUUAAACAAGUGGAUCUCUGGAUGUAGCCAAACUGGUUUGAGAAUACAAUAUCUGUUUUUGUUUCACGUGUCCCCAAAUUAACAAACCCCCAACCCUUCCCUUCCCCCAAAAAAGAGGCAGCUUUUUGCACACCAUCUCAGGAAAUUAAGUUUCCGCAGUUGGUAUAUUAUUUUUAAAUUUGUUUUAAAGAUUCCUUUUUAUGCCACUUAGUGCUUUUGUUUUUCUACCUGCUUGCCUUUUUGUGUCCUGCUACAUUAGAUAAAAAUAACUUUAACAAGAGCUAAAGUUGAUCUAAUGUUUGCUUUUGUUUGUUUAUGUUUAAGGGGCAUGUGAUUUUGCUCUUGGGACUUGUGUAAAUGUUUGACCCAAAUCGAGUGGGUUGCGGGAGUAAAGGCUGUACGGAGGUGGCGCAAUGGUAUGCUUGGCCAGGACGCCUCACAAAAUAUAGAGGUUGAUUAGUUUGGCAGGUUGUGGACAAAGCAAUGCACUGAGAGUUUGUAGCAGCUCACAGUUUGAGAAAUAGUCUCAUAAAAGGUUCGUGUUCAAGUCUAAUGAUCCAGUACUUCCAAUAUUACACAUAAUGACUGUCCUAUCCAUGGAGCGAGAACAGCUCAGCACACCGAGGUUUACAAACGGUGAGUCAGUAGCCCUUUUUACACUGCCUGUUCAAGGCUGGAAUAUCGCGCCGUUCUGUAUACAAGGGUCAACCGCGAAAAUUUGUCUCGCCAUUGAGCCAACAACAAAGGUGGUGGACAGAAUCAAGUAGGGCUGCCCAUUGGAAAUCGGAGAUUCGGAUCAUCAGUUGGAGAGAAAUCCACCCUUAGUGCCGUUAGUUUGUUUGCUAUGUUAUGUGAAUGCAGCCGUCAAACUGAACGUCCUGCUGAACCCUGCCCGAACGUUAAAAUUUUUUAUGGACAAAACCAAAUUGACGAAUAUUCAUAUUAAACAGCAAAAUAUGAUUUGACUGACAUAAUACGGGUAGUACAGCCCUAUAAUUGAGGUCUAUGUAAAAGGAACAGCUGGCAGGACCAGAUCAUGGGCAGGACAGUUGUGACGUUUUGACGUUUUUAGAGGACGAGAUGAGAUCAGCUGCCAUAUAACAGAGACAGUAAAUAAUUAUGGCCAAGUUAUUCCAUUGUUGUUGUUUAUAAAGCGCCGUUACAUGCAACACGUUCUCAUCCCAAGUUGUCACAUGUUGCUGCUUUUAAGUGGACUUCCGCAUCUGUUACGUGCAUCUAUAUUACUCUCCAGGUAUCCGUCUGUGUCUUCUAAUUACAAUUCAGAAUGGCUCUACCGUGAUGCCAACACAAGCACAUGGUGGGCUUAGGCUGCACAUGUUUAUGUUUAGACAACAAAAGCACAUGGUGACCAACGCCAAAAGGUCAACACACACACAUGCUGGCAUGGAUGGUUAGGAUUAGAGAGAGAAGGCACAUGUUAGGGUGUAAAAAGAAACCCAUCACAUUCAGAGGGGAACUGAACACUGGACCCCCGCAUGAAAGUCCCUUGUUUGUGGGAUCGGUCCUCCAUCCCUCCAACCCACCCUACAGGCGCCCUCACACUUCUUAUAUUACGUCGUUACCGGCAGCAUUUAGACCUGACGUCGUUCUGUGGUGUAUCAUGCAGAUGUGACCAGUUCUGUCUGGCCACGUUCUCAAGAGGUGUCGCCCGUCUGUGAAUUAGACUGCUGCAGCCGGUGCUGUCCAGCCAUCCAGCAGCGUUUAAUAACAAUGCGACCAGCUCUGUACGGGCUCAUUCUCAGCUGAUGCCAUCGCUAAAGGUGGCUUUUGGUGACAGGUUGCUUUUGGCGAAAUUCCACACACACAUUGUCACACUAGAGGCCAAGGCUAUUGUGUUAAUCAUCAUGCCUCUCAAGCCUUGCUCUGUGAUGCUGGCAUGCGGUCUAAAAUCAGACACUGCAGCGGUAUGAUGCCUCUGUUGUUUCGCUCUGUGUAAAAAUAUAAAGAUGGAACAAAGAAGGGACUUUGCAGCGGUGCAGUCUGUGUAAAAAGGGCUAGUGUGUUGCUUCGUGCGAUAGAUCUGACAAAUCCAGCAACAGACUUGUGAAAAACUGCAUCAACAAACUCACUUGUACAGAUGUCACAUCCAGCUAACCAGGACACUUGAUGGUUUCUAAUUGAUGAGGAACAGUUGUGUUGUUGAAGUAGGGUCAAAUCAAAUGUUCAUAUUUCUCAUCCGCUCCCAAAUACUCUAGAGCUUGUCAGUUUGAUCAACUUUCAACAAAGACGUUUCAUGAUAGCAUGUCAGAACGUACUGAUUUCUCCAAUCUAGUAUCCCUUUAACAUUUCAUGCUGGGUCCUUCCUGAGUAUACCGUUCAGCCGCCCUCUGUGGCCUCUGUGUCUAUGUGUACAUAUGGUGUUCUGCCUGCCUGUGUCAAUGUGACUUGGUUGUAUCUGUGUCUAAAAAAAACAGCACUGGGAGGAGGGGUGGUGGCUCUCCACAAGGCAUCAUUACAAAGACUGCCAUCUAAAAACACAACGAAGCACUAUGUGGAAAAAUGCUUAGAAAUGUCAAAUCUAAGCUUGCAAACCGAUGCAGUAAUCCACACAUUUACUGGUUCCAUUCCCAAAGUGUCAACAAGAUGCUAAUGUUGUUAUGUCAACAGAAUAAUAUCCAACACUCUUUUCUAUCUGGAAUAUUUAUAGCUCAUUCCAGCUGAUGUUGAUGUUAGCAGCUACGUGACGGUGCUUUUUGGAUCCCCCUUCUACCAGCAGCUGAGUAGUAAAAACAGUUCACUGUUGCCUACCUGGUCUUCUUCAUGGUGAGGUAGUAAGAGUAGCAAUCAGGGAUGGAAAUUUCACAGCCAUCGGUAAGCAUUUCAGAGUUCUCAGAAUAUAAAGGGUACUGCACCUGACAUUUAAAUAUCACCCCAAAAUGCUGUAAUAGUUUGAAUUUUACUGCUAAUCUCUGCUCACUUCCUGUCGUUGUGUGAGGGAGAAACUCUUUGCUAAUACUUCCUGAUAUGAACUGCAAGCAUUCCUGAUUCAAACCGACAGGUGCCACAAGUUAAAACAACAGACUAGCUUUCAAAGUUUGGAGGUGCUCCUUGAAAUUCCAUCCCUGGUAGUAACACACAGUCCACUGUUGCCUACCGUGGUCCCCUUUAUGGUAAAGUAGUAGGCGUAGCAAUAUACAGUAUACAUAUUCUAUAUUCUACAGUAAAUAUCAUUAUUUUUGGUCAAAACUGACAACCUCACAAAGAUAUGUUUGUGACUGUAUGCAUUUGUAUGAAUUAUUUUAAAAGGAAAUAAACUGUGGAAAGGUGAA